AUGGGUGCGACAAGCGGUUUGAUAGUGGCAGGAAUCGCCGGGGCCACUGCGAUUGGCAUUUCCUUCGCGGCGAUUCCGUUUGUCACUCCAGCGCUGCGUCGCGUCUGCAUCCCCUACGUGCCCGCAACCCCACCACAACUGAAAAACGUGUCACGCGCUCUAGCCGAAUGUACACCGAAGCAGGGCCCACUCAUUGAUCUAGGAUCUGGAGAUGGACGUAUGAAGUUCGGCGAGCAGCUGGCGAGUCAUCUAACACCGGAAUGGCGGAAGCAAUAUAUCGACUAUGAAGCGCUGAAGAAUCUACUCUAUGACAACAUGCUGGAAGUACCGUCAGAAGAAGAUCGACGAGAAGAGCAUAUAGCUCAAAUGGAUGAAAAGUUCUUUAAUGAGUGCGAAAAUGAGCUUACUAAGAUCAAUUUGUUUUUCUCCCAAAAGAUAGCUGAGGCCCAAGGAAAGUACCAUGAGCUUCAGUCUGAGCUGCAAAUGUUCAAAGAGGUAGUUGAACAGCGCGCUGAGCCGACGACCAUUCUUCGACGGAGAUUUGGUGCUCGCGACAAGCUUCAUAAAGAAACGAUCAAGACCAGUCAACAAUUGAAACUCGCUUUCUCGGAAUUCUAUCUUAGCUUAGUACUAGUUCAGAAUUACCAGCAGCUGAAUGGCACAGGAUUUCGGAAGAUUCUUAAAAAACACGACAAGCUAACCGGAAAUGAACGAGGGCUUGAUUGGCGGAUUAAUAAAGUCGAGAAGAGCUCAUUUUUCUUGAACCGUGAGAUUGAGACCCUGAUCAAUAACGUGGAGACUUCGGUUAUAAAUGAACUUGAAGGAGGCAAUCGCCAAGCGGGAAUGAAACGCCUCAAAGUACCUCCUCUCUCUGAAAAGCAGAAACCAAUUACCACGUUUUCCCUCGGACUUUUUAUGGGAGCAGGACUUAUCCUUAUUACUGCCAUCUUCCUUUCGUGGUGGGGAGCAGUGGUGCGACCAAACGAGCCUCAGUGGGUUGCAGUGCGGCUCUUCCGU